AUGUUGAGCCGCGAGACCGUUGCCGGGGUUGCCUGCAGCUUCCUCGUGAGCUACUACCGCGAGCUUGUGAAGGAGAAGGAGAUCGUCGGCCUCGUCGAGCUCUACGGGGAGUCCUCGCUGAUCACCUACGCCGGCUACAAUGAGGAGACCACCGUGGUGGCGCAGGGCCGGCACGAGAUUGCGCAGCACCUCGGCAAAAUGGACGACGCGCUGGGCCGCCGCAAGGUGGAGGUGCGCUUCGCCGACUACGCCCCGCUGCCGGGCGGCUGCAUCCACAUCGUCUGCCAGGGCAUCAUGUACCUCCGCGGCCAGCGGCGGGCCUUCUUCCAGGCGUUUGUGCUGGCCCCGACCCAGUACCGCACCAACACGUACCACAUCGCCAUGGACUACUUCCGCUUUAUGAUGGUGGAGGUGGAGCACAUACCGGAGGACAGCAUCGUCAUGACCCCGGCGCAGGUCGCACAGCACCUGCUGGAGGAGCACGAGCGCCGCAAACGCGCGGAGGAGACCCGUGAGCAGCUGCGGCGCCAGCAGGCGGCGGCCGAGCAGCUGCGGCUCAAGCAGGCGGAGGAGGCGGCGCGACAGAAGGAGCUCCAGCAGGCACGCGCCGAAAGGGAGCCCCGUCGUGAGCGCGCGAACAUCAACGUCAGCAACUAUGCCGCCGCCGCCGCCGCCGGGGGCAGCGAGUACGUCAGCGGCGGCAACAACCGCAGGGAUCGCCCGGAGCGGAGUGAUGAGCGGCGGGGAGAGCGCUCGGACGCGCGGCGCCUCAACCGCAAUGAAGGGGGCGGCAGCAAAAACAACCGGCCCGAGCGUGCGGAGCGCAGCAGCGGCAGGAACGACGAACGCGGCAAGCAAAACGGCGACCGCCGCUGGGAACGCCACGACGGCGGGCGUGGGGAGAGGCGUGAAAACGUGAGGCCCCGCGAAGAAAAGGGCGCGGCGGAGGAGGCCGCUGCGCCACGAUCCGCACCCACCUCGCGCUUGCGCGAGCAGCCCAACGCGGCGGCCGCCAAACCCGAAAGCGGUGAAAAGCCGAACCUCAGCAUGCCCGUUCCCCGCUCGAGGGCUGCGCUGGAGCGGCGCGGCGACAGCAAGGCGGAGGGCGCGGACGGUGGCUCCCACAACAACGGCAGCAGGAGAGAAACCGCCGCGCCCCGGCGAGGACCCGCUGCUGCGGAGGCAAAGAGAACAAAACCAGCGGACGCAGCGGAAGCGGCGGCGGCAGUCGAGGCGAAGGAGCCGGCGCGGGCGCGCCUCCACCCCGGCAGGACGGGCAGCACGGAGUAUGCUCGCCUUGUGCGGGUGCCGAAGUCGCUCAAGUUGACCGACAUUAAAGAGGCGGUGGCGGCGGUCCUCGGCGCGGAGCCCCUUGACGCCUACUGGCACGGCCGCACCAGCGCCGACUGCGUGCUGCAGCUGCGGUCUUCGGCGGCGGUGGAGCAGUUGGUGCGGGACUCCAUGACGGUGCUGGAGACGACGAUGACGGUCGCGAAGUUCUACCCGUAG